UAAUCCUUUUUUUUCUUCAGGAAAACCUGACUCGAAAAUCAAUGAUUUUUGGGUCAUGAGAAACUAUUAGUGGAUCUUAUCGUCGUGACGAAUUAUAUAUGUUUUAGCUGAACUCACCUGUACCACGUCAGCAUGCAGCCAGAGAUCACCAUGUUACAUGGUACUUGUGCAGACAUUCGGCCAAUCAACAUCUGUUUUUCUCCUGUCUCGGGAUGGAAAGCGGAAUCGUAGGUAUUGUUUGGAGGACUUUAUUGGAGCACCACUUCCUGGGCCUUAUCCAAUUCCACGUCGCUUUUCAGCAGAUUCGUGGGCAAGGUGGUGAUCAUGAAGUGUCGCACUCGGCCCCAAUACUUCCUCUGGUCCCAUCGCGGCUGAUUGAUGUUGAUUCUUGGUUGUUCGUCGACCAACGCCGAACCAUUCGGAUCCGCCUCGAAGAACAUGAUCGGCUCCGCACCGAAUGCUCAACCCUCGAAUCGGAACUCUGCAUCAUCAUAAUUGUUCCCCAAACAGGAUAUGCAAAAUACCAAAUAAUUCUUCUUGGAGGUGUUGAUAACGUGACACCUUUGAUCCGUGCGUGUAGAUCACAGAAUUCGGGCGAGUGCUGGAUCAAAUCAUCUGCACUAGGGAUCAAAGAAGCUGCUGACGUAACCAUGACACGGUUCGAAUUCAAGGAAUGCCUCUAA